UGCCUGUGUCCCCAGCUCUUCUCUCUUUGGUCCCUACCCGCCUUUGCCUAUCUCCCUACUGGGGUGGGGCCGCCAGCUGGCUUUGGGCCCCGCCCCCGACUCCCAUCCAAUCACAGGCCCUUCUUCCGGAGGCUGGGCCGAAGGGCUGCGCUUCCAAGCUGCUAGCUCAGGCACUAGGCUCCCAGACGGGGAUGAUGCGCAGCUACUCCUCCUGUCACCACCGCCAGCGACUGCCCCGACCAUCCGGUGUGCUGGGGCUGUUGCUGCUGCUGCUACCACUUGUCCUUGUAUCUCCUCUGGCAGCAGCUGCAACAGGCCCAGGGGGCUGUGACACCAUAUACCAGGGCUUUGCUGAAUGUCUCAUCCGCUUGGGGGACAGCAUGGGCCUGGGAGGCGAACUGGAGACUGUCUGCAGGUCUUGGAAUGACUUCCACAUCUGUGCCUCCCGAGUCCUAUUGCGCUGUCCGGAGGAGGCUGCCGCCGUGUGGGAGUCACUACAGCAAGAAGCUCGCCGCGCCCCACACCCAGAUAACUUGCAUGCUCUGUGUGGCACCCCUGUGCGCAUUAGGGAGCAUGGCAAGGGCCCUGAGACCAACCAGGAGACACUGCAGGCAACAGGGUCUGCACAUAGCCCAGCCCCUGCACCCCCACUGCUGGCAGCUGCUCUGGCACUUGCCUGCCUCCUAGGGCCUCUGGCCUAGCCAGUCUAGUGGAGUAGCGGCACCCCUGCCUCCUACCCUGCUCUGGUGGCUGCUGCUGGGGCUCUGCAGAGUGCCCUUGGCUUUCA